AUAUUCCAUCUUGUGUCCAUGCCCAAAAAUCAGUUGAGAGGCUAAAAAAACACACUACCAAGCAUUAGCAGCCUCUGAAAAACCAUUCAAUUCUCACAUUUGUUUGCACAAGCAUGGAGGCUGGCAUGGCAUGCUGCGCACCCGGCACGCUCCUGGCCGGUGUUUCUUCCCGGCAUUCGACUAAUCUAAUGUCUCCGGCAUCCAUUUCUCCUUCCUUCAGCUCCAGGAAUCUGAAAACAAGCUCUCUAUUUGGGGAGUCCCUACGGAUCAUUCCAAAAUCAUCACUUAAAGUUUCCAAGACAAAGAACUCUUCUCUCGUUACUAAAUGCGAGAUUGGUGAUAGCUUGGAAGAGUUCCUUGCAAAGGCGACACCGGAUAAGGGACUAAUCCGGUUGAUGAUGUGCAUGGGUGAAGCACUGAGGACCAUUGCCUUCAAAGUGAGAACAGCUUCUUGUGGAGGAACAGCCUGUGUCAACUCUUUUGGAGAUGAGCAGCUCGCGGUUGAUAUGCUCGCUGACAAGCUUCUAUUUGAGGCCUUGACUUACUCACACUUCUGCAAAUAUGCUUGCUCGGAGGAAGUACCCGAGCUCCAAGACAUGGGAGGGCCGGCUGAAGGUGGAUUUAGUGUUGCAUUUGAUCCGCUUGAUGGCUCUAGUAUCGUUGACACAAACUUCACAGUUGGCACAAUCUUUGGGGUGUGGCCGGGAGAUAAGUUGACUGGCAUAAAAGGGAGAGAUCAAGUUGCUGCUGCCAUGGGGAUUUACGGACCUCGAACUACAUAUGUUCUUGCUCUGAAAGACUGCCCCGGCACCCAUGAGUUCCUUCUUCUCGAUGAAGGAAAAUGGCUACAUGUCAAAGACACGACGGAAAUUGGUGAGGGAAAGAUGUUCUCCCCUGGAAAUUUGAGAGCCACAUUUGACAACCCUGACUAUGACAAGCUGAUCAAAUACUAUGUAAAAGAGAAAUACACUUUGCGAUACACUGGAGGGAUGGUGCCGGAUGUUAAUCAGAUCAUUGUGAAAGAGAAAGGUAUAUUCACAAAUGUGACAUCCCCAACUACGAAAGCUAAGCUGAGACUGCUAUUUGAGGUGGCUCCUCUUGGAUUAUUGAUUGAAAAAGCCGGAGGCUACAGUAGCGAUGGCAAACAGUCUGUGCUAGACAAGGUUAUCGUAAAUCUUGAUGAUAGGACUCAAGUAGCCUACGGAUCAAAGAAUGAGAUUAUCCGGUUUGAAGAAACACUAUAUGGAUCCUCCAGGCUCAAGGGUGGUGUGCCAGUUGGAGCUGCUGCUUAAGCUAAGCAGUGCUUUAUUUUUAUUUUUUUCUCUUCUCUCUACCAAAACCUUGACCUGUAGCUUGGAACUUAAGACCCAAAGCCACCAAGACAAAAGUAGACUUGUUAAGCUGCUUUAUUUUCAGUGUUUUUUCUUUCUUCUGGAACAUAAAGCUACUUUGUAUACAGGUUGUUUUGAUAAUCAAUGAUUUAUAUAUUCAGGUUA